AUGUUACAACCAGAUGAAAUUGAUGCCAUAGAAAAAUUAAAUGAAUUAUUUGAAAAAGAAGAUAAAUCUGACAAAUAUUUUUCACAAAAAUUAACAAAAAAAACUCACCAUGACCAUCACCAACAUCAUCAGCAUCAUCACCAUCAUCAUGAUAAUAAUCAUAAUAAUCAUACCAGUAAUACCAAUAGUAACAAUCAUAACAACAAUUUAUCCUCUGUAUUUCGAUGCAGUGAAACACGUACAUUUAAAUCACCGACUCAUUUAAAUGGUACACAACAACAUUAUCCUCAAAAUCAAAAUAAUGACAAUGAAUUAAUACCAACUGGUUUACCUAGAAUUAAAACAAAAAUCACUGUGAAAAUAUUACCAAAUGAUUGUUGUAUUACUGUGCUAUUAGAUCCAACAGCUAAAUUAAAUACUGUUUGUGCUAUGUAUGAUUUAAAUGAACAAAUUAUUAUUAUUGGUUAUCAACGUUUAGUAACAUUGAAAACGCUGGAAAAUUUACCAAUGAAAUUCAAUGCCAUGUUAAUUGAACAAAAUGAAAAUUUCAAUUAUGAUUUAACUACUUAUGUGGAACAUCGUUAUAAAGUUAGUUUAGAUAUGUAUUAUUUGAAUGCAGCACGUGUGAAACAAAAAAAGAAUAUUGUUUAUAUUAUGAUACCGCGUAAAUUGAAACCGAAUGAUAUUCAUCAUGUAUGA